UUUGAUAACACAAAUUAAUUGUUAAUUUUUAAAGUUAAUUUAGACAAACGAUUUCUUUUUUUCUUGUGAACCUCUAGAAUAUAUACAUAUAUAAUUUGCAAUGAAGCUCGAAGAGGCGCAGAUGCAAAAGGAGUGGGAAGUUUCUAAGGAAUCAGUUGAAGAAGGGUCCAGCGCUUCAGAUGAAGCAUUAAGUGCACUGUUGGAAGAGGGCGAGGGAGCAGAACAAGAUGCAGAAAGACGCGUGCGUCAGUUGGGUUCUCGCCUCGCGCAGCUCGAUGCGUUGAACGUGGGAGGCAUGCUCGCCGCCGCCACCGAGAGCGGGGGCGCUGGCGCCGCGCUGGCACACCGGCUGGACGGCGGGCUGCGAGCCGGCGCCGCACUCGCACAGCGACUCGCGCGACUCGACCACCUCGCCCGCGCCGCGCCGCACGCCGCCCACGCGCGCUCCGGGGCCGCUCGCGCUGACGCCAACGCUCGUGCUUUGCUCGCCGAACUUGACGCGAUCUACUCGUGGCUGGAGCCGCCGGCUUUGCGCGACCUCGACGCGCUGCAAGAACCGACGCUGACCACGGCGGAGGGCAGAGCGGCGACCCUCAAGGCGGCCGCGGCCCUGCGCCACGCCCUCCGCGCCGAGCCCGCUCAGCCGCCGCACCGUCGCCGUCUCGCCGCCGUCAGGGAACGACUGCGCCGUCUCGCGCGAACCAAGGAUCAGAUGGCGGCGGCGCUGGCGAGACACUUGAACAACGCCCUGAUCCACCUCGGCAACGAGGCGGCGCACGACGCGCGCCCGCGCCGCCACCACGCCGAGCUGCUGCCCUACGCACCCUUCAUGAAGUGGCUCAAGGACAUGGACGAGAAGGCUUACGACGGACUCCUCAAGGUGUACACGAGCACGUGGGCGCGCGUGCUGGAGCGGGAGGUGCGCGCGGCGGGGGAGGCGGCGCGGGGGGCGCUGCUGGCCGCGCCCGACCACGCCGUGGACCACAUCCUCGAUCAGGUUUUAAGCCUCGUAGAGUCCCUGUGCAACGCGGAACAAGACUUCUGUACUCAAUUCUUUUUCUUGGACGUGGACGUUAAGAGUGAAGGAAGCGAUGGCGAAAGAAGCGAGGGCGGGGGCGAAGGCCGGGUGCGGCAGGGGGCAGAGUCUCGGCGACUCAUGGCCGAACUGUUCCCCAGCGUCGAGCAGGAACUCGUGGCCCUCGUCGGGCACGUCGAGAGGCACGACGCGUACGGCGCCAUGCGCGCGCUGGCCUGCGUGGGGCGGCGCGUGCUGGGUGCGGAGGGCGGCGCGGCGGGCGGGGCGGCGGGCGAGGCGCGCUGGGCGAGGGCNGCCCUGGCCGCCGCCGCCGUGGCCGCCAAGCGCGGCGCCGACCGCGCCGUGGCCGACCGCCUGGCCGCCCUGCCCGACGCAGUGAAGCAGGCGGCGCGCCGGCCCAAGUGCGGCGUGCUGAGCUUCGUGAGCGAGCUGGAGGAGCUGAGCGGCGCUUGCGAGCAGAUCUUCGCGGGCAGCGGGCGGCGCGCCGACGUGGAGCGCUGGUACGUGAUGCUGGGCGGCGCCAUGGUGCGCGCCGUGGCGCUGGCGGAGCACCCGCGCACGCCGCGGCCGGUGCUGCAGCUGGAGAACUACCACCGGCUGCAGGCGGCGCUGGCGGCGCUGCGGCUGCCCGCGCUGGACGCGCUGCGCCGCGAGUGUCGGCAGCGCUACACGGAGGCGCUGCGCAGCUACGUCACGCAGUACUUCGGCCGCCCGCUGGAGAAGCUCACGCAGUUCUUCGAGGGCGUGGCGGAGGCGGUGGCGUCCGGCGUGCGCGAGGACGAGGUGUGCUACCGCGCCGCCUUCAGCAAGCACGAACUGCGCCGCGUGCUCGCCAUGUACCCGGCGCCCGAGGUGCGCAAGUCGCUGCACCGGCUGUACCGCACGGUGGAGAAGCACCUGAGCGAGGAGGGCGGGCUGCUGCAGGUGGUGUGGCGCGCCAUGCAGGAGGAGUUCAUCGCGCAGCACGUCGCUUUGCAGGCGCGCGUGGCCGCGUGCUACCCCGCCGCCGGGCUGGCGCUGCCGCUGUCCACGGACGACAUCCUCGACGCCUUCUCCGACAUCGCCCGCCAGCACUGAGCCCGGGCGGCACGCUCGCUCCCAAGACGCCCACAAAAAGGAAGUUUUUUCUAUAAGAUCAUUGAUGUCAUCAGCUGUGACGGGUCGCGGCGCGCCUGCCCCGCGCCCCGCCCCGCCCCGCACCCCGCCCCGCGCCCGGCCGCGGUUUGUCUACAAAUUUCUGAAAAGUUCGAAUAGCGUUUCGUAAACCAAUCGUCAUGUACGGAAACUCAAAAAGUCCAAACGGGGUUGUUAUCGCUGUUUUUGGUAUAUCGUCUUCAAAAACAGGUAUUUGAUUAAAUGCUUUAACCAAGUCGAUGGUAGCAAAUACACGAUAGCCAGGUGGGUAGGCUAUGCGCGAAGUCUUGGUUAUGGCGAAUCGAUGGUGCGAGCGAUAGAACAAAAAUAUAUAUAAAGAAAAAAAGCAUGUGUACAAUUCACACGUGGUAAAAGUGAUAUCGUAAAAAAGUUCGAAUUCAAGUUAAUGAGACGAAUGUAAAAUUUCGGGAUAAUUGUAGGUUUUAGUAAUGAUCAUAAUGUUACAAAGUUUGAUAAUUAUUUAAUAUUUUAUUCGUAUAUAUUGCAUAUAUUUAUUCAGAAUGU